UAGGUGUACUCAAGGAUGCGAACAAAGUAAUUGUUGGAUUAUUGAUUAAAUAUACUGGUUUGCUGAGGACCGGUAACAUUUCAACCAAUCUCAUUUGUAGUGAUGAAAUGCAAUAUUGACAUAAUACUCGUACUACCAAUGGAGCUGGUACAGCAAUUGUGAUAGACUGAUUUUCGAUAUGAAGAAGGCUACGAUUAAAAGUGAUGGAUCUGCAAAUAUAGACAACGAAAACAGCUCGGUGCGGUCAUCUUCGUCCACGUCGAAUUCGACAUUGUCGGUGCAAGCAACGAAGCGGAACAAACUCAAAACGCGACUGCCAGUGGUGCAGUGGUUUAGAGGGAAUCGCAGGAAUGAAAUGACCAAAUGUGCAAUUCUUUCGACACCACCCUGCUGUGGGCUGCAUACUGCUAACGACAAGGAGAUUCAAACUGAGAAGGAAUUCUCUGAAAAAUCAGUCCAAUGUGAUGAAUUUUUAUUCGAUGAUAACGUAUUUACUUCCAGACCAUACCAUACGACUCAACAAGGAAGAACAAUCGAAUUCAUUAACGAGCGAGCAGACAUAAUUAAUGGAAAUCAUCGUUUCGUGCAUAGUGGAUGCAACUGUUGUUACCUCUAUUAUGAAUUGGGAGCUCCAGUUCCGAGCAGUACUCCCCUUCGGUCUCCCAUGUACGACGCUCGGCGUAGAAGCAUCGAUCAGAGCAACGUUGACCGUUUGACAAGUUGUGGAAAUCUAGUGGUGAAAAACCAUAGCGGCAGUUAUGUUUCAAGUGAACCGCGACUAUUUAGAAAAAAUAAUUUGAUUUCAAUCGCAAAUGAUAGUGAAAUGUGGAAAAUGAAUAAAAAUAGAACUGUGCGUUGUGAUGUUCAACUGCGUGCGGAAAGUCAGGCCGGUUCGACUCCAAUGUUGAAUUGUGUGGAAUCAAAACCAGAAAAUAGAUCAUUUUCCAAGAAAAACGUCCAACGGAAAAUUGGUCGUGUGAGCCCGUUUAUGGUACCCAAGGAAGAAAACGAAGACGAAGAGAAAAAAGAAGCAAACAAUGAUCAACCGACCGAUCUUGAACAGCAGGCCUACCUAGUGCUUGGCAUAAACAACCAUGCGCGAAGGCCAUUCAAACGCAAAAUAUACACUCCAUUCAAUAAGAGGUUAACGAUGCCACCGGAACAUUUCAAGCAAUGGCCGUCGGAAUCAACGGUGGAUCCUGACACCAACAGGCGCAGUUUACCCAUUUACGGAGGAGAAUCCCUCGACACAACCAUCGAUCUGAACUAUUUCCAAUACGUCAAUGCGUAUCAGGCUGUCCAAAAUGAUUACUAUCAGCAACAUAAUCUUGCAUCAACUAGUGCGAUCGAUUCCAACUCAAUCCUAUUUCGCAGUAACGCAGAUAAUUUGCAUACAUUGGGACGAGCAACUGCAAUGGAAGCUAGAAAAAAUCGAUCGAAUUUUGGAUCGAACUUGGCAUUUCAAGCGUGCUCCAAUGCCGCACCCUCAAAUCGUUCAAGUUUGUAUAGUAAACUCAGCGGUAGCUUUCAGAACUUGUUCAUUAGCAGCCGGGGGCAGUCUGGUCCGGCUGCGUCGGUUGCUCGGUCAAGUUUUAGCAAAAGUGAAAAUAACCUCAACGAACUCAGUAGGCGGCGAGCAGCACGAGAUCGGUUAUUUUUCUUUGGAUCGCGGAUGAAAGUUCGUCAGCGAAGGACGAAUAAUUUCCUCACCAGUGGGGGUGGUAGUUUUUUCACCUACAACUACGAAGACGAGGAGGAGAGUCGGUGGAAAAAAUAUUUCAGUUUCAAUAUGAACUUAUUGCGGAGAAAUAAAGGGAUGGCGGAUACUGUUGAGGUUCCUAAAAGAAUUCAAGAUUUAGAUGGUGGAUUCUUUGAAAAGUUCGGUUCUAUCCUUCGUCAAAAGUCGAUCAAUCACGAUGAAAGCAUUUCUGCACGAUUGGAACCCUUUCCAGAGGAAGGCGCAGAAUGUGUUUUCACUGCCGCCCAGGAAUCCAUCCCUGAAGAAGAUAGCGGAAAUGAAACACUGCCGGAUAGUGAUUCCGAGGAACAUCAGGAGAAGCAGAAUGAAUUCAUCGGCCAUGUAUUCGGAUGGAAUAUCGAUGAGCUUUACGAAGAGAUAUUGUUUGAAAUCAUGCACAAUGUUGGUUGUGAGGACGAAGAAUUAACUGAGGACAGUCUGAUUCACUACGUUCAGGAUGCAUUUAAGAUUUCUAACGAGAAGCACAAUGAAGUUUUCCAUAUAGCGCGUGGCAAGGAACCGCCGGAAAUAUGUCUUAAUGUGGAGGUUAUAGAAGCCAAAGAGCUCGAACCGAAAGAUUCCAACGGCUUGUCCGAUCCAUUCGUUACGAUGUAUAUCGCCUCCAAUCCAACGCACCGUUAUAACACAUCGGUUAAAUCUGCUACUUUAGAUCCGGUGUGGGAGGAGCAUUUUUCACUGCCUAUUGACGAAAACGCUAACGAUGCCAACCUCAUUGUCGAAGUGUGGGAUUUCGAUCCAGCCGAAACAAUCAAAGAAAAAAUGAACAAAGUGUUUGAUGUGAAAGGCGUGCGAGGAUUGAGGAAGUUGAUGAAAGAAAUAGCCGUCACAGCAUCAACAGGAAAACACGACAACGAAUUGAUCGGGCGUGCUAGCAUACCGUUGAAGUCGAUCCCAGCAUCGGGACUGGUAAUGUGGUACAAUCUGGAUAAGAAGAACAAGCUGAAACGACAAGGGACUAUUAGAAUGCGACUAAAUUUUAGUUCUCAAAAAAACAAUCAAGUGGCAGCACAGGAACAUCGACACCUGCUGAGAAUACUGCUCUUACACGAACUAGAGACAUCGAAAGUAGCUCAUUACUGGUGGUCAGGAAAAUUCACUCUACAGGGUGAAUUUGUACUUACUCAGCAUUCGGCUCAGAGUAGCCUUUCCACAACUGCCGUUGCCUUCAUCCAAUGGUCGGUUUACGCUUCGAUUCAUUUAGACCAUCUUCUAUCGUUUAGCUUGUUCGAUUCGUUGCUAGACAAACUUGUCCGUCCAGUUCAAACGAGAUCUGUUUCCGACGAAGAACUGAAAAUGUUCUGGGAGGCAACGAGAAAACUUCUUCCAUCGUGCUUCUCUGUGAUUCGCAAAUUACGAAAAAAGACUGCCGGAGAUAAACUAGUCAUUAAGAUGCUUACUGACGUUCUGAAUAUUCUUGCUAAAAUUUCGAUGUUGGAACCACCAGAAGGAACGGAUCUAUUUCCUAUCAAGCAGUACAGUUGGAUAAAACGGACAAACGAUUCUUAUCCUAGCUGGGACAUUCGAGGAGCAUUGGCUAGUGCUGUUGUGUCGGGUGCGGAAGACUGGUUCAAUAGUAUCAAAGAAGGCCACCAUAUUGAGACUGGUCUUGAUGAGGAUCGCCUGCAGAACUUGAUUAAGAUAAUUCAGUUAAUUCGGUCCGAUAUCCAGCGGUCGAUUGAGUACUACGACAAAAUUUUUCAGGAAAUUUUUCAUUUUAUGUAUACCAAAGAACUGUACAUUACUUAUGAGCUCAAACUAGCGGAACUGAUUAAACCCUGCGUGGAGGACAUUUGCCGUGGCUUAAAGCGAAUUGACAUUCCCGAAUCAAACACGAAUGGAAUGAUUGAAUACGAAGACAUAAACAUGGGAACGACGCUUUUCGAAUUGUAUUUGGUUCUGAAACGGUUUUCAACACUUGGUCCAGUACUGAGCCCGGGGGAAUCAAACUUCGCGAUAGACGAGUACCAUCGCUGGUUCAUGACAGGGGUGACUCACUGGCUAGAUAUUUCUGUGUAUAAAGCACUAACAAGAAUUCACAAAGCAAUUGAACUGGACAGGUUACAGCCGGUAGAUCAAACAGUGAAGUAUUCCUCUUCAGCGGUGGAUACACUAGCUAUUUUUUACCAGAUAAAGAUCUUUUGGCAGCAAUUAGCUUGGCCGGACGUAGAGGGGGCGUAUAUAUUCGUAGCCAAAAUUGUAGACGAUAUUUGUCGCUGUUGCGUUUUCUAUGCCGAUCGUAUGUCUGCAAGGGUUGAAAAUCUAGGAAUCGUUGAGAAUGUCUACGAGAGAAAGUUCGUCGUAACCCAGGAAUGGUGCCUUGCUAUCAACAAUAUCGAUUACAUCAAGCAGAGCUUGAAACCAUUUGCAACCGAGCUUGGGGUGGACGAAAUUAUUGCCAAAAUGUCUGAAACCGAAAGCUCCAUGGAAGCAGAGCGUUGCGCCGACACACUACGGGCCGUACUUGAAAAUGCUAUAGACACCGAGCGGAAUAAAAUUUUGGAUUUGGUAGAAAAAUUAGCUCGGAAAAUGGCACCCGCAAUGCGACGCUUUUUAGUCGAAGGAGCAGAGCUUUUGCAACAGGAUUCAAACUCCAUAGACCGAUUGAUGAUGUACUUGGAGGAAUCGUUAGCAAUGCUUAAUGGCGAAUUGAAUGAGAUGAACUUUGAGCGCGUAUUGGAUGCAAUAUGGAGUGAACUUGCGACGAUAUUGUACGAUUUAAUUCAGAGUAAUCUUGAUAAACGUCGUCCACCAGCAUUUUUUGCCAAUCUGCGUGAUACUCUCCAUAUAUUGGUCGAAAACUUCAAAACCACCCAAAGUUUAGAAUCUGAGAACGCAUCCGACAAGGAUACUCUGGUACACAUUGAGCGACUUCUGCAGUUACAUGGAUAUGAGACAACCGACCUCAUUCAUCAGUAUUAUCUGGAUAGACUGAAGGAGCAAGAAACGGAAAAUGAUGAUACCUAUGGACAGUUAACAGUUCAAUGUUUUUUCAAACAGAACGUUCUUGAGUUAGAAAUAAUGAAUGCACGCAAUCUUCGACCAAUGGAUUCGAACGGAUCAUGUGAUUCAUUCGUUCGAGUGCAUUUCAUACCGGAGGAACGGUUCGUAGGAAUCAUCAAGCCGCGAACGCACACUGAAACAAAAACUUUAUUCCCGCUGUACGACGAAAAAUUUGUUAUAACAUUCACACCGGAACAACGUGCUGUGAAAGAUGCAGUUAUUAUGUUCAGUGUAAAAGAUAAAGAUUUGUUUGGGAUGUCCAAUCAGUACUUGGCCGAAUGCUACUUGAGCUUCAACGAUAUAGCAGAUGUAUCUGGCGAGAGUGGUAAAAUUGAGCAAAAGCAUUUGCGUCUUACUCGCCCUUAUCGUUUAGAUACAGACUGCGUACGAGCAUUGGAAUAUCGCCAGGGUGAUAAACAGGCAAAAGAUUUCCUCAAAAAGCUAAAACAAAAAAUGGGUCAGUGAUAUAUCACUAGGUAAGGUUGUUAAUCGUUUCUAAAUUUCUAGUGGAACGGAUUUUUUUAUCGUCGCUUUAUUUGCUUCAUAUUUUUAAAAAAUCCAAAUUAUUUCAUUGAACUUUA